CGUCACUUCCGGGUCCUAGGACGUACGAAUGGUCUUAGCAGCCGUCCCUUUUUGAUGCGGGAGCGGUGAGAUGAAGGACCGGCCUCCCUUUUGCGCUCUCAUUUAACUGUCUCACCGCCGCUCCACGAACAGCUUCACUAAUGGUUGAGUCAGAUGAAGAAUUCGCUGAACUUUGCUCCAAACUUUUGAAACGGGUUAAGAAAAGCCACCACCCCUCGGAGAGUCAGAAUGCCCCCAAGUCCAGCACAGCAGCACGAGGAAAGGUUAAGAAGGCCAAACCAUCUGGGACCAAGAAGCAGAAAAAGGAUGGGGGCAGCAGACAGUCAGAAGUGGGUGCCAUAGCAGGACCUGAUGGUGACAAGGCCGAGGAAAGGAAUGGCGCGGCGCAGAGCUGCCUCACUAGCGGGCUGCUACAGAACGAUGGCAGCAGAGCUGACUGUCGGGAAGGAGGCACCAGACCCCCCGGCCCCGUGAGUGUAAAAAAUCUGGUCUUGGAACGGAUGCAACAGUUUAAGAGGGCAGCCCCCAGCCGCAUGAAGCUGGAGUCCACAGAGUCCAUCAGUGAGGAACACGUCGGAUCUUCUAUGGCAUGUGGCAGUGCACAGAGUGACGAAGCUCUGGCCCUGGCUCUGCAAAUGGAUGUCAAGGAGAAGCCAGCUAGUUUAGAAGAUGAAGGACUCUUUUUUUGCCAGCUGUGCCAAAAAGACUUGACAACCAUGAGCAGCACCCUGAGGGAGCAGCAUGUUAACAGGUGCCUCGACCAGGUUGAGAGUUUAGGAGGAAGCUCAGCAGCUCCCGUGGUUCCUAGUUGUCCAUUGUGCGGAAAGCCUUUUAGCACAGAGAAGAGCCGCGCAUCUCACUUAAAACGCUGCGCUGCAAAGUUGGAUGUUCCAGCUCAGACAUUGCUGCAGGCUGUUCAGAGGCAGGCAGUUGAGGCGGGAGCAGGGCUGCCACCACGGGUGGUCGGUGGGAAGAGAAGAGGUGUACCAAAACUGAAAGAGCCCUCUAAAAAGAGGAAGGUGGUCAAGACUGGUGCAGAGAUGGAGGAUUUGAUGGUUGCGAUGGCAUUGUCUCGUUCUAUGCAGGAAGACAAGAAUGCACAGAAUACAGCCGGGGCUCAACCUUCCAUGGAAUUGCCUACUAAAGGCAAGAAAAGUCGACGGAAGCAGAAGGAUAAACCUACCCCUCUUCUUCUGGUCCAGGCCCCCGAGGAGACCGUGAUGAAGUUGCAGAAGAGGUUGUCCAUGCUGCUGACUGAGGAAGCUGUGGAGAACAAAGAAGUCAUGGCCUUGCCUUCAAGUCAUUUCUGGACAAUGGAGGAAGAAGAGAGGGAGAGCUGGAGACUGCGGGGAGGAAAGAGAUGUCUUCUGUGGGAUAUCAGUAAUAUGACGGAGAAAAGAGACACCCUGAGCUACUACACAGCAGAACUGAACCCCCCAAUAACCCAGUGGAAGUCUCCUUUGAAGAAGCUGCAUACUUCACAGACACGUGUGACUACAGCCAUAUUGCAUUCUGAAAAACCACAAAGCCAGACUGCCAUUGACAAGGAUCCCCAACCUGCGUCCUGUGAGGAUAAAAGCCCAUUCUCGGACAGUCAGACGGCAUUGCUGGAUCUGGCUGAUCUGGCAGGAGAGGGGAUGACGCUCACUCAGUGGAAUGGUGGAAAUUUCAAUGAGCGUACAGGCCGAGAGUCACCAGGCAGUAUCACAUCGAGCGGAUUCAUCCCAGCGCAAGAGGAAAAGGUCUCAAACGAGAGCCAUGGACUUGGUAACAAGAUCCCGUUGUUCGUUCUAUCAGCAGAUUUCAUGGAGAUGGUGAACAACCCCCAUCUGAGUGAUGCUCAGCUGCAGACUGACUGCGGGGAGGUGCUAAAUGCCCAUAUGUUUGUGCUAUAUGCACGCUGCCCCCUGCUGGUCGAAGCCAUCCACUCUGAAGGUUUCUGGGUAGAUGAAUCUGGCAUGGGGCGAGCACGACGUCUCCUAAUUAACGAUGUGUCUGCCGAGGCUGCCCUCUGUUUUCUCCGGUUUUUAUAUGCCGCCACCACUGACUUCCCAAGUCACUGCCUGCCACAUGUUUGCGAGCUGGCACGCAGAUUUGGUUUGAAAAGUCUCAUAGACGCCUGUGAACGUCUAGUUUCUGGGACUUAUAACACAGAAGGUCAGCUAUCCACAGAAGAGGAGGGUGAUGAUGGAGGAGAACGAGCAGAGACCUUCCAGGAGUUGUUGAAAUCCAUGUGGCUUAACGAAGGUGAGGACAUCUUUGAAAAUGUGCAGGCUGACCGAGAAGAUGAGGAGAAGCUGGAUGAUGGAGGUGUAGGAGAGGGCGAGCUGGAGGAGAUCUAUGAAUUUGCUUUGACUCAGCGUAAGAUAUCAGCACGGCAAGACUCCGAAGGUGGAAGUGAAAGUGAACAGGAAGUAGAGGAUCCAGAGAAAUCAGACAACAACUCUCCCAAAUCCAGAAAUCUAAGUUUAGAAGACAAGGAGAAAAGGGAUUUGAUAAGCACAACUUCACUUAAAGCGUCUCCCAGAAAAUCGCUCAUGUGCAUUCUGUCCAACAGCCCUGAAUACUCUGUGAUUUCUCCCUUAUCUGCCUCUACGGAGCUCAAAAUGCAGCCGUCAUCUUCAUCCUCUGUUACAGGUGCUUCUCCAGUGAAAAAAGUCAGUACAUCGCGCAAUCCUUCCUUAUCAGAGUCUCCUAUCCCUGUCAUUUCUCUGAUCUCCCCAAGCAGAGAUGAAGAUCCUGAGGCAGAUAUGUUUGCUCCGCAGAGUCCUCCACCUCUCGAUGAUAGUUACGACCGCAUGUUCUCGCAGACUUGUGGUGAAUAUGGAGAAACUUCAGAUAUUGGCGAAAGCAAAUCCCAAAUAAAUCCAGUUAGCCCUGAGCAACCCAUACUUACCAGCUCACCCACCGCUAUGCCAUGUCCUUCUCUUCCCGAACUUGGGUCUUCUCCUAACAUCAAGCCACAAACACAUUCAUUUUUAGAUGGUCCCUCAUACUCCGUUGAAUGUGGAAAAUCUCUGCACUCCAGCCUCAGAGAUUCUCAUCAUAGUACAUCUACUCAGAAUAGCAAAGAUACUUCUCCCAAAGCCUCAUCUCAAGAUGCAGACAUCAUCCUGAUCCUGUCAUCAGAUGAAGAGAUGGAGUCCAACGAUCAAGCUGCACCACUGACCAGAAGUGGACAGUUUGACAUGCCUGAUAUAGCUAAGGUUAUGAAAGAGUCUCCAGUUAGUUUCAAUCAGGGGAGGAAGAGCAAUGAAGGGUUUUCCCGUCUGGAAAUGAGUAGUAGCUCCGAGAUGUCUUGGUUGGUGCCUGCUACACCCUUACCUCAAAACGCAAGCUCAAAAAUCUCCCUGCUGCAGACAUCAUGUUUAUCCCAGUCGCUUCAGAGUUUACAGAAGACGACCCGUGCAGCUAAGUCUCCUCCGAACUCUCAGAAGACGUGCCAUCCAGGUCGGUCGUCUCAGAACUCACAGAUAAUGUCCCAUCCAGGUCGGUCGCCUCCAAACUCACAGAUGUUCUUUCCAGGUUGCUCACAUCCGAACUCACCGAAGGCGUCCCACCCAAGUCAGUCACCUCCGAAUUCACAGAAGACAUCUCAUUCAGGUCGGUCACCUCCGAAUUCACAGAAAGCAUCCCAUCCAGGUCGGUCGUCUCAGAACUCACAGAUAAUGUCCCAUCCAGGUCGGUCGCCUCCAAACUCACAGAUGUUCUUUCCAGGUUGCUCACAUCCGAACUCACAGAAGGCGUCCCACCCAAGUCAGUCACCUCCGAAUUCACAGAAGACAUCUCAUUCAGGUCGGUCACCUCCGAAUUCACAGAAAGCAUCCCAUCCAGGUCGGUCACCUCAGAACUCACGGAAGAUGUCCGAUCCAAGUUGGUCACCUCCGAACGCAAUGAAGAUGUGUGAUGUGGCUCACUCAUCUCCAAACUCACAGAAGACACCCAGUGCAGCUCAGUCACCUGAGACUUUACAAAAGGCAUCAAAUGUAGUUCAGUCACCUCCAAACUCCCAGCAGACACCACAGUCAUCUCCAACAUCCAAAAAUUUGGAUCUUGAUGUCUCUUUCCAAAGUUGUGUUUCCCAAACUCAGGCAAGCUCAGUGUCCCUUCCUUUGAUGUCUCCAAAGUCACCCAGGACUCCAUCGGUUAUUGCGACCCUCCGUACAAGAAAGCUCCAGACGGGUCUUGAGGCACAGCCUAGUGUAAGUAGUAAAACCACUUCUUCACCAUCAAUUUCCAUCUCUAGCAGCACUGUGUUUGAGGUAGUGGACAGUGAAGACGAGGCCCCGGUAGCAGAGCCCCAGGCCAAUAUCAGUAACACCAGCUUUCAGUUCAACUAUGACGAACUACCUAUCCCCAUGGAGGAAGAUCUGUGGUGCAAUGUCCUUGAGACUCCAAGAAAGCCGUAUCCUCCUUCUACUAGGACACCCUUACCUUCAAAUGAGAGCCCAAACAAACCCUUGGAUUGCACACCUCUCAGCCCUUCACCAGCGAAGAGCACAACACCGGCGAGUAUUGAGGAUUCUCCACAGACCACAGUCCACCAGAGCCAUCAUCAGAGUUAUCUCAACUCCAAGCUGUGGGAGGACUGGGAAGAUGAAGACCCUGAGCUACCCGCUGUCCUCCCUCUGUCUCAGCGGCUGUGUAAAGUCCCAGAGGUACAGAAGGAGCUGAGGACUCCAGUUUCUAUCGUGCGCAGAAGAGAGCUCCCACCCAAGGUACCCAUCACCCCGUUACCUGACUAUUCUGACAUGGACACCCCAGUCCUGAAAAAGGAGUUGAGCAAGUUUGGUGUACGGGCACUCCCCAAAAAGAAGAUGGUGCUAAAGCUGAAAGAGAUCUUCCGCUACACACAUCAGGUCAUGAACUCGGACUCUGAGGAUGAUGUCCCUCCAUCCCAGCCCCAUCGAAGUGUAGCUCGAGCCUUACAGAAACCUACUGGUGACAAGCAGCAGCCUCAACACACCACUAAGGGGUCAAGCAGCUCCCAGUCGGGGAGGAAGGGGCCAUCUGUGUGCGCAGCACCUGAAGUAGAGACAGAAGAUGAUCAACCUCUGACUGCAUCACAAGAGUCUACUACGUCCUCCAUGGGUGCAAGCGACACGUCCUCCUUAUCCCAAAGCGCCAACACCAAUGAGUUUGAGACGGCAUUCGCAGACGAAGAUGACGAUGAGCUGGUGCCGGCCUCGCAAGCAGCCAGCAAAGAGGCUCUGACAGCGGAGGCCGUGAGGAGGUUUAUCGAAGCGCAGCCCGAGCUACAUCAGCAGAUCUUACUUUAUCAACCCCUGGACCUGGCCGCCCUACAUGCAGACCUCAAGCAAAAUGGAAUCCGAAUCGCGGCCGGGAAGCUGCUUGACUUUCUAGAUUCGCACUGCAUCACUUUUACAACCGCCGCCGCACGCAAGGAGAAGAAGAGCCACACGCGGAGGAAAGCAAGGAAGCGCUACUGAGACGUUUUCAAGGGUAUCUCUAAUCCUGACAACCCUGGGCCUUUUUUUUUUUUUUUGUAUGGUUGUCAUAGGAAGCUCUCAUGACAAUGUCAUUAGUGGUGGCCACAGAUGACUGCUGCUGCCGCACGGGGGCAUCCUAAUACUUGGGGUAGUUCCAGGCUCGGCACCUGCCGAAAAUUGUGGCAGGAAAUGCAACCCAGAGAGUGGGGGGGUCUGGCUGACCAGGCAACUGUACAACACCGGACGCCAUUCCUGCAAAGCAUCUUUCCGGAAGAGAUGUAGGCAGUGAUAUGGUACCCCCCCCCCCCCCCGAUACCUUGACCGUACUUUGGCGGAAGACGCGGCUGGAAUUACCAAUCAGUGAAGUAGAGUCUGUGUACAGAUGUAAAGAUUUUAAAGGAAAAAAAAAAGUGCAUGGCAUUGUAAAUUAUG